AUGCUCUCUGCUUCCGCCGUCGACGCGCUCUGGCGCGCGUGUCUCUUCAAACUCUCGAAACUUCUCGCGUUGGACAUCCGCCUCGACGACGCUUCAACGUCUUCGUCUUCUCCUGAGGAGGAUGUCACCACCAUCGAGUCUCCUCCCUCGGACGACGACGACGACGACGAAAACGAGGAUGAAAACGACGCGCUAUCCGUGUACCUUCGCUACCUUUCCAUUCUCCGUGCCUUAAACCUUUGCGAACACUCGUGCGUGCAUCCGCAAAAGCACCGAUUGAUCGAUCGAUUGAUGUCCUGCGUGUAUUUUCGAGCAGCGAAAGUACGACUGAAAGGAGAAGAGGAAAAUUUAUUCGACACGGAAACGAUGGAGGAAAGAUUGCGACACCGAAACGAGACGAAAGAGAACGGUAACAUGGUCAUCCCUACGCGGUUUUGGAGGGAAAGGAGAGGGUUUUUGAAAAAGGAGGUCGCAUCGGUGAUGGAGAAGGUGAACGCGGAUGUGACGGCGUCGCGCCCGAGCGAGAUGGAUUUUGACGCUCCGGACGACGACGGGAGGCAAUCGGACGAGACGAAUGGUCUCGACGAGGAAGAAGAAUUGAAUAUUGAAUCGACAAAAACGGAGGAGACUAACUCGCAAGAAGAGGAGGACGAGGAAACGCGCAAAGGAGAAGCGGAAGAAGGUGUAGGAGUCGUCGCAGAAGAAUUAAACGAAGGAGAAGUCAAAGAAGGAAAGAGAGAAUCGAGUCUCGCAAAAUACGCGGACGAAAAACAUCGAUUGGCCGUCGUUCACAUGCAAAGACACGCGAGAGGAUGUUUGGCGAGGAAAAAGAUGAGACGAAAAGUGGAAGAUGAAUUAGAACGGCUCGGAAUGUUGGUUUUGAACAAAGAUGAUGCGACGAAUGCGACGACAAAGAAGAAGAAGAUGAAGAUGAACGUUUGCGUUGACUCGAGAUCCCGCUCGACCGCUCGAGCCGCGGGAUCCGAAGAAGAAGAUAAAGAUGAUGAUACAGAAGAAGAUAUCGAAACCAAAAUCGAACUCUUGCGCGAAAAACGACUGCGAGAGUUUGAACAAAAUCAACCGCAUGUGUACGAACGCACGAAGAAAGCGUUACUGGAAGAGCACGGGAGUAAAAUUGAGACGUUUGUUCGCGAGUACCGCGAAACGCACCAAGGCGCGUUGCCCGAAUUGAAAGAUAUACCAAUCAUCUUUGACGAUUCCGACGAACGCAAAAAAGAAGACAAAGAUGAUGAAGAUGAUGAUGAUGUCACAGAAAACAAGACAGCGAGCGAUGAAAAUAGAAACAACGCCGAAGACGACCGAAAGUGCGGAUUUGAAGCCUUGCGAAAAAUACUCGAAGAAUCCGAGCGUGCGUUUCCAAGCGCGACGACGACGUCGUCCACAUCGAACGACGACGACGCUUUGAAUACUCAGGAAAUCAACGACAACAGAAGAGAACGAAGAAACACGAGUUUCAGCGAACAGGCGGAGAAAAGAGCGAUCGAGAGAGAGGUGUUGAAAGAAGUGUCGAUUGAGAUCAAAGAAAAUGUGAAACUCGCGUUGGAACGGAUGCGCCAAGAGGAGGACGUAAACGACGCGACGUUGACCACCAAGACGACGAGGAAAGAAGAGGAUGGAAAUUCGACGAAAUCGACGAACGAGGCGGUAACGAAGAACAAAAGCAGCGCGACAACAAAGAAGGUUUCAAAGAAGAAGCAGACGAAGAAGAAUACGAAGAAAAAGUCAACAAAAUGUCCUAAAUCCUGCGCCUCCGCUUUGGAGCAAGAAAAAGCGCUGUUCGAUUCCAUCGACGCGUACCCGAUGGCGAAGUAUCUACUCCAACACAACGUCAAAAUCGACUGUUUUUGUUCUUCGGAGCGCGAGAAAAAGUACGACGACGACGAUACCGUCGUGAACAACAACACAUUCAUCGCGAGCGGUGCGGACGAGUUCGUGUACUGCGAGGAGGAAGCGCCGGACCGGUCCGUGGACGACCAGAAGCGAGCGAUUGAAUCGAUCAAAUCGAACGUCUUGAUACCUCUCGGAGCGAGCACAUCCAGCGUGUGGUUAGAAUCAUACGCGCACAAUGCGGAGAAACCAAAACAUUUGCUCUUCAUCGGACCGAGAGGGUGCGGACAGAAACAUUUCGCGAAAAAUGUCCUCGCGAGGGAGACCGGGAGCGUAUUUUUUGACUGCUCGAUUGAAAAUGUCACGCGGAGGAGGAGCAAAGAACCGAACGCAACGACUACAGAAGAACACGACAGAGAUGAUACGGAGGAUACAGAACAAGACGACGAGAGCGCAUUUUGCGCGGACUUGUUGAAACGAACGUUCCAGUUGGCUAAAAAAUGGGCGCCGAGUGUGGUGUACGUCGGCAACAUCGAGAACGCGUUCGCAACGGGCAAGAAGAAGAAGACGAAGAAGAAAACAAAGAAGACGAAGACCAAGAAGGGCAGCGCAAAAGAAGGCAACGAGGGAGAAGGAGAAGAAGACGAGGACAGAAAUGUGAGCGAGGAAAAUACGGUCGGGAAUGGCACAUCCGGUACCGAUGGAACACAAGCGGAUGCGGCUGUUUCAUCAAACGCGAAGACUUCUACUACUCAACAGACUCAAAAAGUCGACCCGAAAUCGUUCAAAGCUGGGUUAACUGCCGCGUUGAAAUCGUUAGAGAAAGAAAACAACAGUUCUUCUCGUCGCGUGUGCGUCGUCGCGUCCAUCUCAGACGCAUCUCGUUUGACCAAAAAAGACGAGAAAUCUGUACUGGGCAAAAUCUUUCACCCGAAGGAGACGUUCGCGGCGCCGUUCAUGCGUCCAUCGCGAGCGGCGAGGUACGACUUGUUGAAAACUUUUUAUCGAGAAGUCGUCGACGAGUAUUAUACCGAGGAAUGCAACAACAAUACGACGUGUUUGUCAUCCUCGAAGAAGUCAACAAAAUCAAAAUCGCGAAUGUUCUCGAAAGUCGUCGCCGACGGCGCUCGCGACGAAGGCGCCGUCUCAGAACUCUCGCACUUCGCGGAGACGUGUAACCGUAAAGUGCUCAAACUUUGCGUUCGAGAAGGUUUCAGGAAAGCCGUGGAGUAUAUUUCGACGAAAUCGAUCGUUCAACCGCGCGCGUUCACCGACAGUCAAAGAGCGCUCGUCUGGCGCUUCGCUUCGGAGUCCUUACGAAACCUUCGAGAGACGAAUCAGAAAAGAAUCGACGAAGAACAAGACGACUUUUACGACGAAAACGAAAACACAGAAGCAGAAUUCUUCUUCGCGAGCGAGAACGAGUCGACCCUUCGCCUGUUUGCUAAGCUCGUGUGUUGUCGUCUUCGUUACUCGUAA